CUUGGAGAGAGAGAGACAGAGUGAGUCUGGGGUCUGGGAGAAGCAAUCCCCGCUCUGAAUGGCCAUCUCAUCUGCUGUGGGGAUGGAAAUGCAAGAUCCAAAAAUGAACGGAGCGCUCCCUGUGGGUGCUGAGGGUUACAGGCAGGAAUGCGAGGGCUUCCUGCCCAGCCGUGGUCCUGCUCUUGGGAGGAAGCCAGUCCAGUUCAUGGAUUUUGAGGGGAAGACAUCGUUUGGAAUGUCGGUGUUCAACCUUAGCAAUGCCAUCAUGGGCAGUGGCAUCCUGGGGCUGGCCUAUGCCAUGGCCCAUACAGGAGUCCUCUUCUUCCUGGCCCUGCUGCUGUGCAUUGCAUUGCUGUCUUCAUACUCCAUCCACCUCCUGCUGACCUGUGCCGGUAUUGUAGGCAUCCGAGCCUAUGAGCAGCUGGGACAGAGGGCAUUUGGGCCCGUGGGGAAGGUAGUGGUGGCCACCGUCAUCUGUCUGCACAAUGUUGGGGCCAUGUCCAGUUACCUGUUCAUCAUCAAAUCCGAACUCCCCCUGGUUAUCGGCACCUUCCUGAACAAAGAACCCGAGGGGGACUGGUUCUUGAAAGGAAACUACCUGAUCAUAAUUGUCAGUGUGUUAAUCAUCCUGCCCCUGGCUCUCAUGAAACACUUGGGCUAUCUGGGGUAUACCAGCAGCCUUUCUCUGACCUGCAUGCUGUUUUUCCUCAUUUCGGUUAUAUAUAAGAAGUUCCAGAUUUGCUGUGGUCUAAACUGCAAUGAGACAGCAAUAGAGAGUACGUCCCUGGGCCUCCCCAGCUUGGGGCUCAACAACACUUGUGAGGCCCAAAUGUUCACAGUUGACUCGCAGAUGGCCUACACAGUGCCCAUUAUGGCCUUUGCCUUUGUCUGCCACCCUGAGGUGCUGCCCAUCUACACAGAGUUGAGCCGGCCUUCCCAGCGGAGGAUGCAGGCUGUGGCUAACGUGUCCAUUGGGGCCAUGUUCUGCAUGUACGGGCUCACAGCGACCUUUGGAUACCUCACCUUCUACAGCAGCGUGAAGGCGGAGAUGCUGCACAUGUACAGCCGGAAGGACCUGCUCAUCCUCUGCGUGCGCCUGGCGGUGCUACUUGCAGUGACCCUCACUGUGCCCGUCGUGCUGUUCCCUAUCCGCCGGGCCCUGCAGCAGCUGCUCUUCCCAAGCAAGGCCUUCAGCUGGCCACGGCAUGUGGUCAUAGCCCUAAUCCUGCUGGCGUUGGUCAAUGUCCUUGUCAUCUGUGUGCCAACCAUCCGGGAUAUCUUUGCGGUUAUUGGGUCCACCUCUGCCCCCAGCCUCAUCUUCAUCCUCCCCAGCAUCUUCUACCUCCGCAUCAUCCCCUCUGAGGUGGUGCCCCUUUGCUCCUGGCCCAAGAUCCAGGCCCUGUGUUUUGGCAUCCUGGGGGUCCUCUUCAUGGCCAUCAGUCUGGGCUUUAUGUUUGCCAACUGGACCACAGGCCAGAGCCACAUGUCUGGACACUGACGUGGUCCUCCCUGCCCCACUCAGUCCCUGUGCACAUGUGUAUGUGGAGGAACUUGGGGCCACUCUCCUGGGUCCCUCCAGCCUAGGGUGUGGAUGUGGCUGGUCCCCAUGGAUGUGGCUGUCGAAGUGGGGGACAGCAGAAGCUGCAGACUGGCCCACUUCCCUCCUCCCCAGGGAUGCUGAGCUUGCAUCACGGUCCUACUCCUAACCCCAUGGGAGGAAGAGAGGAGGGCAGGUCCUUGGGCUGAAGCCCUUUGUUGGGAUGACCCUCGUGCUGAAGGGGAAGAAUAAAGAUGCUGAA